AUGCUGACUGCUCUAACAACAUCGGGUCAUUCACAUGUCACUGCCAGAGCGGCUAUACUGGAGAUGGAUUGUUCUGUGAAGCUUGUCCUAAAUAUUCACGCUGCAUCCAAACGUCACCCAAUUCCUGUGACUGCUGGUGCAAAUACUUCUAUCCUGAACGUCCGAAGGUUGAUGCGUGCCAAAAUCCCGGUGGGUAAUACUCUCGCUCAUUUAAAUGAAGUGUCAAUCCGUUAUACAGACACACAACCAGACAGUCCAAUCAAGUUGAGACGCGAUCAAAGAAGGAAGCUCGUGGCGUCUUUUAACUUGGGAAACAUUCAUUCAGGACAAGCUUCGUUUUAUUGGAGAGUUGAAAAGCUUACACUGUCACCUUUCAACAUUUCGGAUACUCCAGAGCUCUUAGUGCACCACUCUCGUGAGCUCAAUAUAGUGCCAGAGUUACUGUCAACAGGACUAAAACUUGUAGUAUUUGAAUUGCAAGUGCCCGGAAUUGAACUGGCUGCUCGAGAUUUCGCUUUCCUACUGGUAGAAACAUCAGCUCUCGUAGCUUCCAUUGCGGGAGGAUCUGAAGUUUAUCGAUCUAUCAGCAAGCCAAUCUUGCUGGAUGCUAGCUUUUCUUACGACCCUGAGAAUGAAGACGGAACUUCCUUUGGAAUGACCUUUAACUGGUCUUGUUUCAGAGCUGCGAGCAAGAACGUCUCUGGUUUUAACAAAGCAGCUACCGGCAUGCUUUUCAAAAGCUCGGGAAACGUAAUAAAUACUCUUCUUGAAUCAGUCGCUGAUGGAACUCUUUUCCAAUCGCCAGGCGAUAUAUUUCUACCAUUAUUAGAAAAUAGAAAAGCGAUUUUGGACCCAGAGAAACUGAUCAGCAACGAGACAUACCAUUUAUUGCUGACAGUUGGCAAAGACCACCGAAAAGAGAGUGCGAUGCAGAUUGUCCACAUCCAUGAUGGAGAGCUCGUAGACAUUCGCAUAAUGUGCGUCCUAAACUGUUUAUCACCAGCCAGAACAUCAUCUGGUAUCUCCGUCCGAACUGACUGCAUCACUGCUAGUUGUCCCAAGUCCCUUAAAUAUCGAUGGAAAAUGUUAAGAAGAAAUGCUAGUCUUCUAUAUUCCAAAUGGAUUCCCCAUACAAAUUUUUUAAAUUUCUUGGCUACGCAAGAGGAUUCCCAAUACCUGGUAGUCAAGCAGCAAAUGUUUGUACCUGGUUGGUCAUACCGAAUCACAGUAGAUGCUCUGUUACCAAAUGGUUCAUACGGAUGGGCAGCCUACCAGUUUGACACAUUAGGUGGCCCAUCGGGUGGAACAUGUCAUGUCACGCAACUUACUAUGGAGACCGCUGUUGGCGUUUGGCUCAACAUAUCCUGUCAUGGAUGGGAUGAUAGCAGAGUUCCUCUCACAUAUGAAUUCUACCAUGCAUCAGACCAUGGGGAAUACGAUAUGUUGUCGUAUGGGGUACAGUCCUUCACCGUAGUUCAUAUUUCUCCCUUGUUCGGAGAAAAUGUUGUUCGUCUUAAAGUUGACAUUGUCAAUGUCGCGGAAGUCGCAAGAGAAAUAGGGUUGUCGAUCAAGGUUAAUCAAUCAGAUUUAACACAAAGCGAAGAACUACUUUACAAUCAAAUUAACAAAAUUCUUGAUGCGAUGGAAAAUUAUUAUUCUCUGGGUGAGAUAAAUUUGGCGAUACAAGAAACAGAUUCUCUCCUCGCACUUCUCAAGGCGGCUGACUAUCGGAUCAACGAAACUUUCCUGCUUCACAAACUUUUUCUUGUGUUUAAGAAACUAUUGAGGCUCAACAGACUGGUUGUUUAUUUACAGAUUAAGGAAUACGUAAUAUCCAGGAUUUGCAAAGUAAGAGUCGAUAGCCUCGAACGGUUAGUGCAGAUUGCUGUUAUUUUAGGCAAAGCCACGGAGGAUGCAGGCAAUGUCUUCCACAAUACAACGUUUGCUUUGUUAGAAAAACUUCUGCAAAUGUCCUCUCUGCUUUCUCUACUGACUGACCGCCGUUCAGGGGAGAUCCGCCUUACUAAUAAUGGAGGCAGAUCGUUAAUGCAUUGCAAUACAAAUAUCAUGGAAUAUACCUCUCGUAGAAUCCUUAAGGCUAUCAAUUCCACCAGCUACGACCAGGAAAAUGAGGUAACCAUAGGAAAGAGAAUUCUUGGUCUUUGCCAGAAUCUGAGAGAGAAGAUUACCAACAUACUACUCUCGCUAAAGCUACCCGGAGAAGAAUAUAUCGUGAUGAAAAAUCAGCAUCAAUCCGCUAUUCUGGGCAAACAAAAAUCGCACGAUCUCAACCAGCUAACAAUCCAGGAAGGAAAAGCAAGCUUUAAACUUCCCUCUCUGGAUGACAAAGAUCUAAAAAAGAUAUCCGGGAAUACAUCUGACGUAGGAGUAGAGAUGAUCAACUAUAAUUUCAACCCCUACACAACACACCAUAGUAGCAGUAGGGUCAAAUCAAACGUUAUCAGCCUUGUUCUUAAAGAUGAGAGUGGCGAAGCUUUGGAUAUUGACACUUCAUUUAAGGGAGCGAGAGUAUUACCUGAAAAGCAAAGUGAAUCACAUCAAAGUUAA